GGGCGGCGGGCGCCGGACCCCCCAGGCGGAGAGGCGGGCGCCGGACCCCCAGGCGGAGCGACAGGUCUCGGGCCCCCAGGCGAAGCGGCGGGCACCGAGUCACCAGGCACGACAGUGGGCUCCGAGUCAACUGGCAUGACCGCUGGCACUGGGUCAGACAUUGGAUCGUCUGGCUGGACAGCGGGCAUCGGGUCACCAGGAAUCAGGUCAUUUGGCUCGACAGCGGGCACCGCGUCAUCUGGCAAGGCAGUGGGCUCCGAGUCAACUGACAUUGGAUCGUCUGACUGGACAGCGGGCAUCGGGUCACCAGGCAUCAGGUCAUUUGGCUCGACAGCGGGCAUCGGGUCACCAGGUAUGACAGCGGGCACUGGGUCACCAGGCAUCAGGUCAUUUGGCUCGCCAGCGGGCACCGCAUCAUCUGGCAAGGCAGUGGGCACCGAGUCACCAGGUACGACAGCGGGCUCUGAGUCAAUUGGCACGACAGCGGGCACCGGAUCAGGUACCGGAUCACCUGGGUCAACAGCGGGGCGGCAUCGAGUCAACUGGCCUAAUAGGACCGUCAGGCUGGAUCAGUUCAUCAUGCUGGGUAGAGGCAUCAGGCUGAAUGCCGGC